ACACAUAUGAUACGCAUAUUAACAAAAACAUACUAGCAGUGACUGAAAAUAAAGAUGGCGCAGAUGGAUCGAUCUUACCUGGUUUCGCCUAACGAGACAGAAAACAGAGAUGGCGCUGGCAGGAGGAUGUCUCGGUGGCAGAAUCAGGCUCUCCAUGACUUCCAAGUCAAAUUUUCAUAUUUGACUCAAUCUGAAGAUGACCACAGUACAAAGCUAUCCUGAUCAUCUCCCAACCCAAAGACAAACACAAAAUGGGGGAAAUGGAUAGCAGCAGCCAAGUACUGCAUCUGCUCUGCUCGUUCCUCCUCAUCACCAUCAUCUUUCUAAUCCUCAAACCAUUGAAGAAAGCCAAACCCUCGAAGUCGAAGCAACAGCAGCAGCCACCACUACUUCCCCCUGGUCCAAGGAAGCUUCCGAUCAUCGGAAACCUGCACCAACUAUCCAGCUCCAAGCUGCUUCCCCAUCGCCGGCUGCUGGAGCUAGCAAACUUAUACGGCCCUCUGAUGCACCUCCAGCUCGGUCAGCUCCAAACCAUCGUAGUCUCCUCGGCGGAGAUGGCUAAACAAGUCAUGAAGACGCACGACCUCACCUUCUCCAGCCGGCCAUUCAACCUCGCAAUCAGCACCAUCUUCCACAACCUCGACCUUGUUUUGGCACCCUAUGGUGAGUACUGGCGCCAGCUCAAGAAACUGUGUGUGUUGGAGCUGCUUAGUGCCAAGAGAGUUGCUUCUUUCCUACCCAUCAGGGAACAAGAAGUGGCCCGUUUAAUAGCUGAUAUUUGCGGCAAACAAGGCACGGCGACCAAUGUUAGUAGGAUGAUUCACUCUCUGACAUACAGGACAAUUUCAAGGUCUGCAUUUGGGAAGCUGUACGCGGUUGAGUCAUCGUUCGUACCGGUGGCCAUGGAUAUCCUUACUGUAGGGAGUGGGUUUCGUGUUCAUGAUGUCUUCCCAUCUUUCAAAUUCCUUCCGCUGAUUACUGGGGUUAGAUCCAGACUGCAGAAAUUGAAGCGAGAAUCUGACCAGAUAAUCAGUAGCAUAAUCGAUGAACACAUAACAGCAGCAAAAGCAGGGGAAGGUGAAAAGGAGGAAGGCGUAGAUGAUCUUGUGGAUGUUAUGUUGAAGCUUCAAGAAAAUGCAGACCUUGGUUUCACAUUAACAACUAACAGUGUCAAAGCAAUCCUCCUGGACAUGUUCGUUGCAGGAAGCGAGACUUCAUCGACACUACUGGAAUGGACGAUGUCAGAGCUGAUUAGAGAGGAAAGAGUGAUGAAGAAGGCACAAGCAGAGGUUAGGGCAGUGUUUGGGAAGCGAGGGAAGGUUGAGGAAACAGGGAUUCACGAAUUGAAUUACCUGAAGAUGGUUAUCAAAGAAAGCAUGAGGGUGCACCCUCCUCUGCCUCUCCUUGUACCAAGAGAGUCCCUGAAUCAAUGCGAGAUGGAAGGCUUUCAAAUACCAGAGAAGACGCAGGUGAUAGUGAAUGCAUGGGCUAUUGGAAGGGAUCCAAAGUGCUGGAGUGAACCCGAGAGAUUCUACCCGGAGUCUUUGGACACACAAAAGAAAAGUCAGUACGACGAUCAGUUCGAAUAUAUCCCAUUUGGGACGUGGAGAAGGAUGUGUCCUGGAAUAACAUUUCGACAUCGAACUUCCUCUUGCUAA